AUGUCAUGUCGCCGGAUGUCCUGUUUAGGCGUCACGCACCGCCCCGGCUUCCGAGUGCCCUCCGUGGGCUCAGCCAAGGCCGGGCUGAUGGACUCCAUCCGCUCAAUAAACCCUAACGCCCGCCUCAACUACGCCAAGGGCCUUACGAUCGAGGUUCCCGACGGCUCUGCGGUGGGCAGCGGGGGCCCCGAGUCCCUAGCGGCUGGACUACCGCCAGGUCACAACUUCCUGUCAUCGCUUCACCUACAUCACCAGCAAGCCGCACCGGCCUUAGGGGCGGGGCUGAUGUACGGCGGCGGCGGCAGCGGCGGUAUCCCACUGACACCCCACAGCACCGCCUCCUUGGCGGCGCUGACGGCCGCCGCCAGCGGCGGCCUUGCCGUACCGCCAUACGUUCCUGUACCGGUGCCGGUGCCGUACAUGAUGCCGCCCACGCCGCAUGGCGGCGGCGUCAAUGCCGCUGGGGGCUCAAUGAUGGGAUACUUGCUGCCGUACCAGCAGGAUAUGUACCAGGCCCUCAUGGAUAGACUGACGACACCGCGAACCUCGUUCGCGGGGUCCAGGAGCGGGCGCCGUACAUCCAUAUCUUCCGUACAUACACCACGCAUGUCCGAGGCGGGACCGUACGGCGCGCAGCAGUACGGGUCAGUUUCACCGGCAACAGGCAACGGCAACGGCUUCGGUGCCGUUUCGGAGCUGGAGCGCAUUGUGACGAACGACCCAGCGCCGAGUGGUUACACGUACGUGGUUCCCCGUGCAGCGUUAGGGCAGCUAAUCAACCGAGUGUAUCCGGGAUUACGGGACCGCGAGCGGGCCUACCUCGUGGGCGUGCUGGCCGCCUGCCUGCCGUACAAGAUGGCGUCGUACACGGAGGAUGACGUACUGCAUGCGGUACGCCAGGGCGCAGCCAUUGAGCGUGCGGUUCAGGAGCGGCGGCUUCCCGGGGACAUGGUGGCAGUGGCGGCCCGGCUGGCGGAUGACGUCAUGGGUAAUGCCGCAACGUACGGCACGGCGAGGACGGCUUUCCAGGAGGCGGAUCGCUUCCGCCGGGGUUACUUGCCGCUGACGGAGGCGGCCCGCAUGCUGACGCGGCUGAAUGCCGUACCACCCACGGCUGUGGCCUGGCUGAUGGCCGGCCUGGCACACUACGCCGCGACUGCACUACAGGGCGCAGCCGACCUGUCGUACAAGGAGCUCGGCGCCGGGCUGCUGUAUAUGUCGGAUAGCGCUGCCACCGCGGCCGCUGCCCCGUCAGCACAGCUGCCUUAUUAUUCAUCAUAUGAUCAAAAGGACAGCUAUGCCGUACCACCGGAUAGUACUACGCCGUACCCGUCGCCGUUCACGGGGCCGCAUUACCCAGUUCAGCAACCGCCGUACGGCGCUGGGGGACCAUCGUACGGUGCCGCUGCGCCGUCGUAUGUGGAGCGCUACCCGUCUCUAAGCUCCGUACCAUCAAUGGGAACGGCACCGCCACAAUCACCAGGAUCGUACGACAGCCGAUACCCUCUAUCACCUAGGGUAUCGUACAGCGGUCCCCCGCCACCGUACGGCUCUCCACAUCCGUACAACCAUCCUCCAAAUCCGUACGGCGGCCCUCCGAGCCCACACGGAGUCUCGCCGAACCCAUACAGUGCAUACCCAAUGGGCCCGUACGGCAGUCCGCCAUUGUCACCCCACGUGGGAUCCCUUUCGUACCCAGGGAUGCCGCCGCCGCCGCCGCCGCACUCGCCGUACGGGUCGUACACCGCUGCCAGCCACAUCCCCGUUGCGACGGCGUUGGACUACCCGACCGCCCCACUGGCCGCUGGUGGCGGCCCGGCGGCGGCGGCAGGAUUAUCUCUCGGUACGGCAUACAUGAUGUGGACGCACGACAAUCGGCAAGCUGUCGUCCAAAAGCACUUGUCGGAGGUGCUCAAGGGCCGGGUGGCGGAGCUGGAGGUCCAGAAGGGCGCCCUGGAAAAGGAAGCCGGGCUGCAAACCAAGAUACUGGACUUGUCUAAUGCGCUGCUGGCGAACGAGACCGCCCAACGGGACGUGUUGGGUCUCAUCCAGAGCUACACGGGCGCCGGCACUCCGCCGGUCAGCGUGGCGGAGAUGGUGGGCCGCAUCCGCACGACCUUGGAGGAGGCCCUGCAGCUGGCCAAGUCCGCAAGUGCACCAAGUCCCCUGGGGGGCCCGGGGCUGGGUCAGGGCGCUUCGGGACCCUCCGACUUCGAUUCGUUGCUGGACGCGCUGACCAACGCGCGCUGGGUGGGGGGUCAGCCCGUCAGCACCGAAACCCUCCGUACGGCACUGUCAUUGCGACGGGACGCGUUCGCAUUGCGGAGGGCCCAUACGGCGGCCAUGUUGGAGCUGGAGGCACGGCGCCAGGGUAUGCAGGUGGCGAGUCAGGAGGCCCAACAAGCCAUGUCCAUACAGCUACAGCUGCUACAGCUGCUGCCAGUCAAUGCUGCCAAUGUCUCAGCGCCGUACAGUUUCAUGACUGGCAGUCGUGCGCCGUCGACUGGCGGCUUGCCUCCAGCCAUCUACCCCGCGCCCCUCCACGACUGAACGAGCGAAGCGCCGACGAGAGGACGAUGGCGGGGGUGGCGAGGAGGGGAGGAAGGGGGAGAGAAAUGUUUGGCGGGGGGACGAACACACACACUGGGGGGGUUGCUGUGUAUGAUGAGGGCAGGAAGGGGGGUACUGGGGCGCCAGUAGGGAGAGAGGUGGGGGAGGGAAGUGCAGCGGCAAACGAGCCGCUGUUACAUGUUCAUCGUAUUUUCUGCUGAUGUCGCUGAUAUGCUGUUGGGACGUAGGGGGCAGCAAGUUACUUACAAAGGGGCAGCGGUGGCCACUAGGUAUCUUCCGAGUCGUUCUUACUGAUGUAUUUUUAUAUUAUAUGUGCUAUACUGUCAUUAUUAAUUACAUCCGCGUCCGAUUGAUCAUAUCAUAUUACACAUAUUCACGUAUAAAUCCCCCCCGCCCUUGCGAAGGGCAAAACCGUUAAUAUGGGAUCCUACGCCGUCAUGCAGUACAUAUUAUCUACUUAACUCGUGUAAUAUAUUAUGUAU